AUGACAACCAAACCGUUUAUCGUAGAUUUCGGCACCGUCACGGUGAGAGUAGGCAGGGUGGGUGAAAAAAUACCUCCCUUCAUCGCGCCGCCGUAUUUUGGACAGCCAAACUUGAAGGUGGACCAGGCGGAACUAUGCGACUUCUCAGGUGGCAAUGUGAACAACUGGCUUGAUUACGCCAUAUUCCCGCUAAAUCCCAGAGAGAAACAUGACAACACACUGCCGAUACCGGCCGUCACAUACGAACAAGGCCGAUACAAACUCAAGUACAGUGUCAUGGACAAACUCCUGGAGUGUGCCGCGGGCUCGAAGUUCGUUGAUGAUAUCAUGGAGGGGGGCGCCGUGAUAGCGACAGAGCCGAACAUACACUCACCCGAAUUUCGUAAGACCAUGGCGGAAAUACUGAUAGAAGGACAACGGGUAGACAAGUUCUACAUGUGUAAGAGGGCGGCCCUGUCGUGCUAUGCCACAGGAAAAGGGAGCGCCGUGGUCGUCGACGUCGGAGGCGCAUGCAGCAAUGUAACUGUGGUGUCAGACGGCUACGUGCUGCAAGAAACCAUACAAGAGCAGCCCAUGGGCGGAACGCUCCUCGAUCGCAUCCUUCUGGGGCACCUCAACAGAUCAGGCACAAAAAUACGCCCCUCCUUCGAGUACAUCAAGGCGAGCAAGUCGGAUGACAAUGCAGCGACAAAAUAUCAGAAGAAGAAUAACGAAGCACGAGCGGUCUCCGUCAGACAGCUGCCCUUUGUGCGCGAGGAGUACUAUGACUAUGCGCGGCUUUACGCUACCUCCAGAGUCAAGGAAACAUGCUGCAUCAUGGGCGAAAAGCUGGAAGUAGACGUCGAGGCAAGCGAUUCCUGCUUCGCCCUGCCCGAUGGCAGCUACAUCGACACAGAAAUGGGAAAGGCCAUGUGCGGUGUCUUCUGCUGCUGUAUAUUCAGCGAGCCUGAGUACCUACAAGAUGUAGAAGACUUCAACGCAUUCCAACUGGAGACCCUGCCGAAGCUGCCCAAGGACCCGGAACAGUUAACCCUGGGACAGACUUUGCGAAACCUUCGCGGCCUCGACGUGUUGCUCGCAAAUUCGUAUAGCACCGCUGCCGAAAUGGAGCCAGCGGCAUGUCUGCCCGAAGCGCUACGAGCAGUCAUAAUGUCGGAUGUGGAACAGCCCUUGUAUAUGGCUGUGGGGGGAGACGAGCAGCAGUACAGCAGCUUCAUCGGGGCUUCAAUACUAGGGUCGCUCGGGCUUUUCGAAUCCCUUUGUGUCUCACGUGAAGAGUGCCAGGAACACGGAUUCGAACGAAUACUACAGCGCAAGUGUCCGUGA